AUGGGUAUCGUGGGUUCAUUACUGGCAGCAGGAAUACAAUCUGCAGCGCUGGAGACUGAAAGGUGUUUUGGAAUUGCAGACGGAGUGAUCGUGCCGACUAUCCCCUGCCAGAGCGCCUUGAGUAAUCCAGAGAAACUGCUCGAUGCAGGCUCGUUUAAGCACCAGACCCAGAAACUCGUCAGGCGGCCCGAACCAGCUGUCCAAUCGUGCGCUGCUGGCAUGCAUGAAAUCAGAGCCCACCGCCUGCAGCCGGGCGUGCAAUCGAGCCGUGGGAAGCCAAUCUGCACCCUCCAGUCCACCUCCACGCGGAUGACGAAAGGGAAGCGGACGAGCGGUGUGCAGGGCAGCAUUCGAUUCAACGGGGCUGCAGCGUCGACAGACAGCGUCGAAGCAAGAGACCCGACAAACGGGUUCAGCGGCCGUGUUUGGCUGGAAUCCUUGUAG